UUCUUUUUGAAACUACUUGCCCAUGUAAAUGCGAUCGUUCUAUCAAUUGUCUUGUUUGUAGGUACUUGCCCUACUUCAAAAAAUAUUCGGUGAAGGUCGCACAUACCUAGACGGGUCCGGCCCCCGCAUCAUUCGGACGUCGGCUUGAACUUUAUUAGACUUAACCGCGACGAUAACUUCUUAACCUUCGACUCUAUUACGAUUGCCAAGGUGCCAAUUUCGGCGUUAGGCAAACAGUCUACAAGUAUUACCAAUCAAGCGCAAAAGAUCAUCCGUUUAUACCAUCAUAAUUGGUGCUUCCUUGCUUCUAUAGGUGGUACCUACGUUUAGGGAGCUUGGCUAGGAGACUAUAGAGGUUCGACCCGCAUAUGUUUUCUAUUCUACGCAUGAGAAGCACUAUCAUAAAUCGAAUUCCCAUCAUGAGUGGUUCUCCUUCUAUUCUCAUCCUUGGUGCCGGCGAGCUCGGCACAGCUGUCCUAGAAGCACUCUCCGCACAUCCUAAACGAACCGGCGGAAAACUAGCUGUGCUUCUACGACAGUCCACUAUCGCAACGCAGGACUCAGCUAAAAAAGCGCAAAAUGAGCGCAUACAAUCACUAGGCGCCGAAUUGGUACCUGGGGAUUUAGCCAACGACUCCAUCUCACAACUCGCUGAAGUGUUCGCUCGAUACCAUACCAUAAUCUCUUGCUCGGGCUUUGGUCUACCGGCAGGAACUCAAAUUAAAAUCACACAAGCUAUCUUAGAAGCGGGUGUGCAGCGCUAUAUUCCCUGGCAAUGGGGUAUUGAUUACGAUGUCGUCGGUACGGGGAGCGCGCAAGAUUUAUUCGAUGAACAAUUACGAGUUCGCGCAUUGCUCCGAGGGCAAAGUAAAACCGGUUGGGUUAUCGUGUCGACUGGGUUAUUUAUGAGUUUCUUAUUCUUGCCUGAGUUUGGGGUCGUGGAUUUAAAGGCGCGCACACUACGCGCUCUAGGAAAGUGGGAUGCGGAGCUAUCAUUGACCACGUCUAAGGAUAUCGGAAGAAUGGCCGCGGAAAUUGCGUAUGAGCCGGGGGAUGUAUCGCAUCAAGUAGUGUAUAUCGCCGGUGACACAGUGACGUACGAGAAGGUGGCGGGGUUGGUGGAGAAGAGAUUUGGAGGCCAGUGGACGAAGGAGCUGUGGGAUGAGGAGACACUGAGUGGGAAGCUGAGGGAGAAGCCUGGUGAUGGAAUGAUUAAGUAUGCGAGUGUGUGGGCGGCGGGACGGGGUGUCGCGUGGGAUAUGGAGAAGACGAUUAAUGCGCAACGUGGGAUUGAGCUCCAGGGUUUGGAGAGCUAUUUGAAGGAUAUGCCGGGCUUUAAAUGAGCUGCGAUGAUAUCAAGCCCAUUUUAGAGAUAUGGGCAGAAAAUGCUCAACGGGAGGGAUUCUAGGUAAAGUCAUUGUUUGAAUAGCCAAGGCGGUAGAGUUCUAUUCAAAUAAUUCCGUUGUGAAGGCCCGUAACGUAAAUUUCAUUGCCUAUACCGUAUGCCUAUAAACUAAUAAUCAAUCCCAUAAUAUCGCCCAUUGCACCAAGCAUUUUCCCUAUGUCUCAUUCCAAACUCCAAGCGCUCUAGCAUGAAUUUCGUUCGUCAGACUCACGUGUUAAUUGACCCAGUCGUCGAUACUAUAGUGUUUGGCUCUGUUCCCAACCAAAGC